CAUUAGUGACUCGUCGUAGGCAAAAGCAAUAGCGGGACACACCAACGAUCGUGUCGUCUUGCUUGCUUGCAACCAAAAUCGCGAUACACAAUUUCGUUCGUGUUACUGCUGUCUGUGUUGUUUUGUGCGUUGGCGUUUCUGUGAUCAUGAUACAGUGUUGCCGGUCUUACGAGAAUCAGUGACAACCUGACAUUUUGGAUCUACACCUCUGUUACUCACAAUUUUUGUACGGGCUGUGAUGAAGACCGCAAAAUAAUGACAUUGGGAACUAUGUGGGAGAAAAUCGGUACGCGUUAGUGAUACAAUAUAGACAUUAGUGCACAGUGAAAAUGCUGCCUUACCAGGCAGUCGCGAUGGACUAUGCGGUGUCAUCGAGUUUCCAACGACAUCAACCAUCACUGGGUCUGGGAGUCAACAUCAACCCAGCGUUUACUCACUCCUGUAUCUUGGAACUUCGAAAAGAGAAGAGUAGAGACGCCGCGCGAUCACGAAGAGGAAAGGAAAACUUCGAGUUCUACGAAUUGGCCAAAAUGCUACCUCUACCCGCAGCUAUAACCUCACAGUUAGACAAAGCUAGUAUAAUAAGACUUACGAUAUCAUAUCUUAAGUUGAGGGACUUCUCGGGUCAUGGGGAACCUCCAUGGAAUCGAGAUGGACCUCCCCCUAAUAAAACGUUAAAAACUGGUAGGAGUAGGUCUUCGGCAGGGUUAGCAAUGGAAAUAUUCGAACAACAUCAAGGCACGCACAUAUUACAGUCGUUAGAUGGGUUUGCCUUGGCUGUUGCGUCGGAUGGAAGAUUUUUAUAUAUCUCAGAGACUGUAUCAAUAUAUUUAGGACUUUCACAGGUGGAAAUGACUGGAAGUAGUAUAUUUGACUAUAUCCACCAUCAAGAUCACUCAGAAAUAGCUGAACAAUUAGGAUUAGGUUUAAAUCAAGGCCAAAACUUAGCAUCUCCAGGAAGUGGAUCAGAAGAAGGUUCUUCUACGACAGGAACCAACAAUCCUGAUGUGUCCACAAGUAUGACGCUAGGUGCCAACCCACCCUAUAAAGGACUGGAUAGAGCAUUUUGUGUUCGAAUGAAAUCAACGUUAACAAAACGAGGAUGUCAUUUUAAAUCUUCUGGUUAUAGGGUUGUGUUAAUGUUAAGUAGGUUACGACCGCAGUAUACGUUUUCGCAUUCGCGAAAAUCGCAGCCACCUUUGCUGGGCAUGGUAGCUCUAGCUAUAGCCCUGCCACCACCAAGUGUACACGAGAUUAGAUUAGAAUCUGAUAUGUUUGUAACUAGGAUAAAUUUCGAUUUUAAAAUAGCUCACUGUGAACCAAGGGUACUCGACUUACUAGAUUAUACGCCUGAAGAGCUGACUGGGAGAAACCUUUAUUCUUUGUGCCAUGGGGAAGAUGCUAGCAAACUAAGAAAAUCACACAUUGACCUUAUAAAUAAGGGACAAGUAUUAACGCACUACUAUAGGAUAAUGAAUAAAAGCGGAGGAUACACGUGGAUACAAACGUGUGCGACUGUAGUGUGUAAUUCAAAAAAUGCCGAAGAACAAAAUAUAAUCUGUGUAAAUUAUGUAGUAAGUGGUCGUGAAUAUGAAAAUUUAGUUAUGGAUACGUGCCAAAUGGAAGAAAAUAAUCAUAUCGUGAAAAGAGAAGAAGCAAAUAGCAACGAUCCUGAAAACGGAUCUCCAGAUGCUGAUCGAGGAGAUGAUCGAAACAGCGGAGGGCCAACAAACCAAGGGCCAGAGCCUAGCCAAGAUCUAGAAGAUGCUACGUGCGCAGGUGCGGGAACAGGUACUGGUAAUGGUACGGGGACAAAUACCAACACGCAAACUGACUCCAGCAAAGAGCCAGGAGAUCUUCGGACACGAAGAAUGGAUCAAUUCCCGGUUGCCCAGCUACAACCGAGCACCACACCUGGUACUGAUCAGAGAAAACCUAUGCCCAUAUGCAGAGCUGCUAAGAGAAAAAACACAUCUUCCGACGAGAACGAGGACGAAAACACAGUAAUGAGCCCAGCAUCAUCCUGCCACUCAGUUAGCAGCGUCCUGCCAGUAACAGCUACCACCGAUUCGACCACAGCUAGUCCCAAGAAGCUGGACGAACCUGCAAGUAGUGGCACUUCGGUCAAAGACCUGGAGAACGCCAUGUCCAAACAUCUGCCCGCUUGCAAGUCGCCUAUACACCAACCGACUGACUUCAGUACAGACGCUUUGCUGAAACAACAGCAAAGGACCACUAUUCAGUGGAUAGGGGCCCAUCAGCAGCUGCAACAGCAAGGGCCGCUUCCAGCUUCAGCGUUGCUGAGACAGCUGUAUGCUAAUAGGGAGAGUGUGAUAAGGGCUAACGUCCACGGCAUCACCAGUGCAACCAGCAGGUCUGGAUGUACGGGUAGUUACUACCGCAGCGACAACCAAGUAGGAAUUGGACCUCUACCAACACCGCCAGGAAGUGAAGGCUCUUCGUCGUACAGUGAACACCAAUUCCUGCUAUCUCAACACCAAAAUUAUCCUGCAGGAUACUCGAUGGAUUACCAUACUGCUAUUACACCACCGUCCAGUGUAUCUCCUAGAGAUAAACAUCAGCAGUUACAUGGAGGUGUUACGUUUGAUUCAGCAGUACCGUAUCAAGACGUUCUAAGGCACCAGUAUCCUGAUAGUCCUUUGCCGCUGAAACCACAAGUAUAUUCUUACGUGGAUCAGCCGCAAUUCUAUCACCACGGUGCCACUGGAGCGGGCUUCCACCUAUACCAUCCUGGAAAGACUGCACCAGGUGCUUCUUCAAAUUGGUAUUCUCCAUCAUAGUUGAUUAGUAUUUAUUGAAUUGUGUUCUAUCAACCAGUAGAUAUAUCAGCUGGUCUUAUGUGAACUAGGCACUUCUUUUGUUGUUACAAUAACACUAAACAUACGAUGUUAUCUUCAAAGAGCUUAAAGGCGUCGGAGUCAAUUUAUUUGUACACCACACUCUUUUAUACUGAGAGUGUACCAUGAACGUGUAGGGUUAUUUUAAUAGUGAGAUCUAUACGCAUCCCAUAGAUGGACCACGAAACCAUCCGUCUUUGGAGGAGAAACGUUCUUUUUGUUGCUUUUCGUCCAAAAUGUAUUAGCAAUUUUAUCAAUCUUUUAACUGAACAUAAAAACGACAUAGCGAUACGACCCUAGUUUGUUCUAUUGUGGGCAAAUACCUUUAUGAUUUUGAACGUUCAGUUUUUUAGCUGACUGAGUAAAUUAUUCCCCAAUAAGAAUGUCAUAAACGAAACAUAUUUUAAAUUGGAUCAAAAGAAAUACCUGGUUCAACUUUGGAAUAAUAUACACAUAAAAUGUGCCAAAUCAAAGAACUUAUUGCUAGUGCGACUAGUAUUUUCAAGUAUAUCAAACAGAUGAGAACUAUAGCUUUAAUACUAUUUAUUCCAGAGUUGUUAAGACUCAGUUUUGAUGAUGUAUUAUUCAAGUGAACUACCUUCUUAUGUUUGUCGUAUUAUACGGUAUGACGGCAAUGAUGGUUCUAAUACCCGUUUUGCAUUGAUAAUAAAUCCACGGAUUUCUUCAUGAAUCGAUUUUAUGGCAAAAUUUCAACAAUUUGAGGCCAAAUAAAUCCAUGCAAGUUCUCCAUGGAUUUCUUCACGGAAUUAGAACUUGUUCUAAUAUUUGCCAAGUUGCUGCCAACCUUGUUUUCCUUUCCAUUAUAUUGAACAAAUUUCAAUUCAAGUAUAAAACUGCAGUAUUCAACAAGAUGGUUUUUGUUUGAGAUUCGCUUCAAAAUAAAAACCACAAUAGACGUAAUAUCUCAAAAUGUUGCAAGCAAAAAUUUCUCGUGUUGGCAGCACUGAGUACUGGCAGUUCAUUGAUGUAAACAUCGCAAAACAUAUAUGAUGUCGUUGAAUAAAUCCAUCUGAAUAAAUUCUUGAUAUAAAACGAGUAUAAAGCUGAUUAGUUUAUAGGUUAUGAAAUAACUAUCUUCUAGAUUGUCCAACGAAUCUUUCUUCCAAGCAUUCCUAUAAUACUCAUUCCAUUAUUGACAUUCCAACUGAUCUCUAAGCUUUUUUUUCUCUAAAGUAUUAUCCCAUCUAAACAUUGUCUUCCUUCCUUAGCGCACCUAGCGACAAAUUUUGUCCAAAUGUCCACAAAGUUCGUUAACUUCACGGCUUCCUUGUUUCACUUUCCUCGAGGAACGCUUAAGCUUAAUCGUUUUGGCCCUUAUGCCCAUAAAAACACAUUUCGCAUCAAUAAACGUCGAAUGUACCUAUAAUCGAUAACCAAAGAUACUAAGAGGGCUACAGGUCAUAAAAGACGGCCUUUUUCGAUAUGUGCCAAAAGACAAUGCAAGGUAAAUAAAGAGACUAUGUAUGCGUUAAGCCAUUUAGGGCCAUACCGUCAGUCUUUCCUACAAUUGUAGGACGCCUAUAUGCCCUCCUUGAUUUUCAUAGUUUUUUACUGUUCCGUGUCAGCGCUCUGUUUUAUAUUACAUAUAACUAUUUGCAUCAAAUUUUUCAUAUUUUUGAUUUAUACCAGCUGUUAUAUCAGCCUGAAAUUUCCCUCAAAAAGAAAAUAUAGCCUCACAAUAGGAGAACGCUGACGCUGACACGGAACAUUAGAAAUCUAAAAAUACCACAGCCUUUCUGAAGGAGAGAAAAGACUAUGAAAAUCAAGGAGGCCAUAAAGGCGUCCUACAGUUGUAAGAACGACUGUCUUCAUGAUCCUUAUUGGCCGUUUCACGAGAAUCCAUAAUGGUAGAAUAACAUCUGAUUAUCUAGUAAUAUUUCAAAAUUCCCCAUAUCGACAAAUGACACAUAAUUCUGACGGAUCCGUCCGUUUUUGCACGCUGCAGAUUCAUUUUGUAUUUGCUAACAACUAUUUUACUUAGAAAAGUUCAUUUGCAUACAAAAUAACCCUACAAGCAAGGUUUACUAGAUUUACACCCGUUUCAUUAUUACCAACAAUAUAGACUAAUACAAAGAUGUCACUUGCUGAUCAUGUUGUUCACCUCAGUAGACGUCAAAACAUGAUGAUACUCGUGAAAUAGGAUUUAGUACUAAUUUCCAAAAUGUCGAAACUGUGGUUUGUCAAAAAUGAGUGACUUUGUGUAUAUGACAUGCUGACGCCAUAUCGGAAAUUAUCGCUUUCUUGUGCGCGUUCUUUGUGAAACUGAUAAGAACCUUCUAUGCUUUCAUAUUAUUUUAGUAUUGUAUCUAUAAAAACUCUCAUAAAAUUCGUAAUUUUAGGUACAGAUGGGAUAUUAGGUUCUCAGAAUGGCAUUAGUUAAACUAUUUUUAAACCAAAGAAAAUAAUGCAAAAUAACAUGCGUGUAGGUAACUAGGACUUUGGUUUUAUAAUAAUGUAAUGCAAAUAUGUAGCAUAAGUAUAUAUAAUGACUAUGAUAAGUGAUAAAAAUGUACAUAAAGACAUCAUGUUAUUUCGUAUUAUUUAAUUGAUAAUGUCAUUAUCCAAAAUGUUCUUGUGAAUAUCGCGCAUUUAAUGUAUUGGAGUGAAACAUACAUAUGUCAAAUAUUUAUCAUUAAAUGUAGUGAAAUGGUUACAUACUCCGAUAUAUUAAAAAUUAAUUUUGUAUUAAUAUCAUUACGCUGAUCUUUUAGGUUAUUACACUUCCUAUGUAAAUAACGUCAUUUUUUAGCCUGGAUGUAUAGCCAAUGUUUCAAAAAUAUUUAGAAUUGUAGCUACUUAGAUUAAUGACAUAUCAAUAUUUUUCCCAACUACACAUUCAUAUGAAGCUUUUACCUACAUAGGAGGUAGGUAGGUAUGUUCUUCAUUGUUGUUUCAUGAACAGGCAGAUACCCCAUUUCAUGCUAUGCAGUAUUUUUUAUCAACAAAAAAGUCACGAGAGGUGAUUAUCGUCAACAUUCAUGAUUCAUGGGGCAAAUUAAAAACCAUGAUUUUAUUCUGAUAAUGGUAUUUCGCAGAUCAUUCGUUUUUCUCAAGUCAAAACAAAUAAUUUUGAUGAUUACAAAUUUUAGUAAUCGUGUGUUUAAAAAUUUUGCCAUUGGCUGUACGUACGUUCGUAGUUCUGGAAUAUUAUAACUGGGCUAUCAACAUCAAAAAACGUAAUUUUAAUGUAGAAAGCGACAGUACAGGUUCACAUUCCAUCAGAUAAUAUUUUAAUUGCUUUGUAUUGACUGUUGCGGAAUGUAAUUUUUCAAAAAGGCAAAGUUGCGCUAUUUUUAAUUUCUGGGCUGAACAUAUGUUUUGAUCAGUUUUGGGCCAGCGUAAAAAGUACGAAAUCGAUAUAAUGUAAUAACACAAACUGGAAACAAGUCCUCUUUUAUCUAGAUUUUUGGCAUAGAUCAUUCCGCAAUUGAACCUUUUGACAUCUCAAAUGUGACGCUAAACUUAUCACAUUAUCAAAAAAGGGUGCUGAAAAUGUAGGAAUGUGAUAUUUUGUUUAAUUUGUUACUUUUACUUCCAAAUGUUAGGAUUACUUAUUAUUAUCACAUGCUGUUCAGUACAAAUCUCGCGAGUUAUGGUCGCUUUAAUGAAUAUGUGGCGUACAUAUUAUGUGCAAUAAUUACUUAAACAGUUUUUGUAUGUUAUUUUUUGUAAUAUAUACGUUUUGUUAUAUCCAAUACAGG